GCCCUCUGGGCGGGGCUGCUGGGGGAAGUUGAGAUACGUCCGCACUCCUCUGCCUGGCGAUGCAGCGGGAGCGUUGCUCUGCCUCCGCAAGCCGGGAGCCGCCGUGGGAGCCAGGGUCGGGCGCGGUGCGAACCCGCCGCUUCCUGCUCGGCCUCUACCUGGUGGGCUUCCUGGAUUUGUUUGGAGUCAGCAUGGUCAUCCCUUUGUUGGGCCUUCAUGCCAGGUCACUUGGAGCAAGUCCUACUGUGGCUGGCAUCGUAGGCUCCUCCUAUGGCAUUUUGCAGCUCUUCUCUAGCACGUUGGUGGGCUGCUGGAGCGAUGUGGUGGGAAGACGCUGCUCCUUGCUGCUGUGCAUUCUACUCAGUGCCCUGGGCUAUCUCCUCCUCGGAGCCUCCACCAGCGUGUUCCUGUUUGCCCUGGCUCGAGUCCCUGUGGGUAUUUUCAAGCACACCCUGUCCAUCUCCAGGGCACUGCUAUCUGAUCUGGUGGUGGAGAAGGAGCGGCCUGUGGUGCUGGGCCAGUUCAACACAGCGUCGAGCGCAGGCUUCAUCCUGGGCCCCGUGCUAGGUGGUUACCUGGCUGAGCUGGAGGGCGGCUUCCGCCUCACUGCACUCACCUGCUGCUCUGUCUUCCUGCUCAACGCCGGUCUCAUUUGGCUCUUUCCUUGGAGUGGCACAGAAGUCAACAGGACAGAGAAUGGCCCAGGAUGGGUUAAGGACCAGUCACUGUCGAGAAGGACAGACCCUGAGCCUCAAAGAGCAGCCACCAGCCCCACGGCCACAAAGACUGCUCCUCCGAGCCCCUGGAUGGAGGUCAGGUUGGCCUUGCAGGAUGCUCAAAGCCUGGUGUGCUCCGAGAUGGGCGACAUCCUUCUCGUGCGCCUACUCAUGGGGGUGGCAGUGAUGCUGUACCAUAGCAACUUUGUCCUGGCACUGGAGGAGCGCUUCGGGGUGCAGCCUCGGACCUCAGGCUACCUCAUCAGCUAUAGCAGUGCCCUGGGUGCCCUGGCGGGCCUCAUCCUAGGCCCCAUCCUCCACUUCUAUAGACACAACUUGCACACGGCCCUGCUACACUCCAGUGCUCUCACCUGUGCACUGCUGCUGCUCCAUGCCUCGGCUGGCACUGUGGCCCUGGUGGUCCUGACCUCUACACUCCUGUCCUUCUCCACUGCUGUUGGCAGGACUUGUGUCACUGACCUACAGCUGACUGUGGGUGGUGCCCGCGCAAGCGGCACUGUCAUCGGCGUGGGACAGUCAGUGACUGCUGUAGCCCGCAUCAUUGCUCCUCUCCUCUCAGGAGUGGCCCAGGAGCUCAGCCCCCGUGGGCCCCCCGGUCUUGGGGCUGGCUUAGCCUUGGUAGCUGUUCUUAUAAUGUUGUUCAACAAACCUCACUCUGGGGGUGCUCGGAGUGGGAAGUUAAAAAGUGAGUAGGACACACUUGGACAAUUGGCAGUGUUCAAUCGGGGCCAGUGGCCACAAUGAGAAAGAAAGUAUGGAAGGGGCCAAGGCUGUAAGUGAGUCAUUUGUAUGUGGCAUGCUCUAGCCCUGCAGUUAUGUUUGUGGGAUGAUUGGAAGUCAUAGGGACACUUGGAAAGUUAGGAUUAGACCAAAGCUUUGCCAAGAGGGACCAUGUACAAUGUUUACCUGAAAUACUCUCUUCUGGACCAAACAAUUAAACCUUCCAGUUGAAAAAAAGUUCCUGGCUGCAUGAGAGGGAAUGGCAGUGGAACCACAGCUCUCGAUGUGUGGGAGGAGGAAGAAGCCAUGACCGCAUGCCCACCGAGAAGUAGGCCAGCACAUUAGGGAUGCACUGGUCCCCUGGAGCUUCCCAUUGUGAAAAUCCUAGAGAAGCUUCUGGAUUAAACCAGCCGGCAAAGCCAGGCCUGGUAGCACACACCUGUAAUCCAGCCCUCAGAGAUACUGAAGCAGGAGGAUUGCAAGUUCAAGCCCAGCCUGGACAACUUAGCAACUUAGUGAGAUCCUGUCUCAAAAGGGCCAAGGCCCUGAGUUUAAUCCCCAAUACCAAAAAAAAACCAAAACAAAACAAAACAAAAUGCACAUUUUUAUGCAGAUUAAGGGUCCAUGGUAUUCCAUACAGGCCAUCUAGGAGAAGCAUGGUUCCAUAGGAUUCAUGUUCAAAGUCAUGUCCUUUAUUUCAUUUUAAUUUUGUGCCCAGAAAGAGCCACAUUGAGCCACAAGCAAUGUUGGGCCUGCCUUUUCCCGAGCCUUCUCUAAACUUCCAUUUCAUUAGCAGCACCCAGGGGGCCAGGGCCAGGCCCCAAGAAAAGUCUGUGCCAACUCAGGGAGGCACCGGCUGGGCACGCUGACCACUGGGGCAACAUUGAUGAGAUUAAGAAUGACAAAGACCCCUUUCCUCACACACUGCCAAGGUCCACAUUCCUUUUGAUCCUCUUAAUUAGCCCACUAAGAUAUUAUUCCCAUCUCCAACCGAAUGCACAUGACAUAUGAUUGUAAAUGAAAUUUUAAUACACUAAUUUGUUGCAAUAUUAAUAUUUAUUGUUUGUAAAUUCCAUAGUUUUAGAAAUUGUAUGUGUGGGGUAAACUUAAGUAUUUAUGACCAUUAGAAUUAUGUUUUAGUUUGAACAUUGUCCUUUUUCUCACCUGGCUGCAAGAAACAUAAUGAACUUUUUAUUGUAGAAAUAACAAUGUGAACUUUCAUACAAAAGCUAUGUGCUGAGAGACGGAAAUGUGGUAUGAAUGGCCUUUUCCUUAAGGAGCAUGCUAAGUGUCAUGGAGAUCAGACUCAAAAGGACAGAAAUCUGGGGUUUAUGCAAUGAAAUAGAAAUUCGGGAAUUUCUGCAAAGAUUGAUUUUCCCUCACUCUUAGAAAUACAUGAGUUUCCUAAAAGUUCUUAAGUUUGGCCAUGUUUUUAUUUUUAAGAUCAUAGCACUUUAUUUUUGAAGUUAAAGCCUGUGAACUAGUGAGGCUUUGUGAAUUGACCAGGCAUAUGGAAAUAUUGAAAACCAAAGAUGGAUCCUUGUAGAAACAUUUUUGUUACUGUACAUUGGUGACUUUAGCAUUCUGUUAACAUGGUGUUCUUCCUAGUACAUGUCUCUCGCAGUCUUCUACAUUGUCCAGUGUCCUGCUGUUCACAGUGUGGUUGGCCACCACAUGCGCAUCUAGGGCCAUGGGGGACAGGCCACUCACCCUCCCACAGACUCCUAGAGACCCUUUAACAACCAUCCAGCUGAUCCAGUUGUGCAGUAAUGCUUGAAAAGCACUGUUCCAUAAUCUGUAUUGUUUGUGGACUGGAAACUCAGGGAAAAUAAAUGUGUUUAAUAUUGGUGCUA